GAUAUUGAUGUGUUGGUGUCACCAUAGCGGCACAGGUCAUGUUCUUCCAAAGCCGCGGAUCGAACUGAUGAUUGGCUCAAAACCAGUAUCACGAUCACAAUUGAGAACAAGUAUUAAUGGCUACAUUUUCAGUGCCCGAUCAUGUUCCUCCAGUGGCUGAAGACUGUGAAAAGCUUCGUAAAGCAAUGCAAGGAUGGGGAACAGAUGAGAACGCAAUCAUAUCCAUAUUGGCUCACCGGAAUGCAUGGCAGCGUUGUUCUAUACGUCAAACUUAUACGGAGAAAUAUGGAGAGGAUUUGUUCAACGAGCUUGAAAAAGAACUUUCCGGUGAUUUUCUGAGGGCAAUGCUUGUAUGGACGCCACAUCCUGCUGAACGAGAUGCAAUGCUAGCCAAAGAAGCUGUUACGAAUAAAAAGUCAGAAGACUAUUUUGUGAUAAUGGAAAUUGGUUGUACAAGAACGUCUCAAGAGCUCUUCCAGGUGAGACAAGAUUACCAUGCUCGCUACAAGAGAUCUCUAGAAGAAGAUGUUUCUUGUGGAACGAGUGGAGAUUUCCGAAAGCUGUUAGUUCCUCUUGUGACUUGUUACAGGUAUGAACCUCACGAUGAAAGUGUGGAUACUGAGUUGGUGAACUCGGAGGCUAAGAUCCUUCAUGACAAAAUCUCCCACAAGGACUAUAGUCAUGAGGAGAUUAUCAGAAUUCUAACUACUAGGAGCAAGCCACACUUGAGAGCAACGCUCCAAAACUAUAACGACCAGUUUGGUCAUCCUAUUAACAAGGACCUCAAGAAGCAUCGAAAGGAUGAAUACCUUGCUUUGCUGAGAGCCACUAUAAAAUGCUUGACUUGCCCUGAGAAGUAUUUCGAGAAGACUCUUCGUCUGUCCAUGAAAGGCCUCGGAACCAAUGAAGAGACUCUUACCAGGGUGGUAACCACUCGAGCCGAGGUUGACAUGAAGCAUAUAAUGGAACAGUACCAACGGAAGAACAACAUUUCAUUGGAUAAUGACAUCAAAGGUGAUACUUCUAGUGACUAUCAGAGGAUGUUGCUGGCCUUAAUCAAUUGAUCGUCAUCAUCACUCACUCUGAUCCAUCAUUAUCAACCAUGCAUGUAUUAGUUAAUUUUUUUCUGUUAAAAGUUUCAGACUGGCUAGUCGAGUGAUCUUCUAGCUUCAAACUUUAAAGUGAUCAUUCCAGUUCAGUAGCUAAGAAAGGUUGAUAAAACAGUUUUUGUGAUCCAGAUUUUGUUAAACUCAUAAUCUAAGCAAUUUUUGUUUAAAUUUUUA